AUGCGUCGGGGACCAUACCAACGAUAUCUAGAUCGCUACGGCAAAUGUGUGUUGCCUCGUUCAACUUACUAUCACAGAAUGAAACAACUUAUGAUGACUCAGGAGAAUCAAGAGAUUCAAAAUUCAGCGAUCGAAAAUGUUGGAAAUUGCUAUAGCCACAGUUCAAACAAUCCUAUCGAAAACGUUGGCGAUAACACACGAUUGUCGAGUAAGCAAGGUGUUGAAGUUAUUGACAUGAACUUGAGUUCUCAUAAGGAAAAUGGGAAGCUAGAAGAAAAUCAAUCAAAUUUAUGCCUACAAGAUGAAUUAGAUGAACAUGAAUAUACAAGACAUUUAUGGUUUCGUGAUGAAUAUGGUGAAUCAACUGAAUAUGAAGAAGCUUGGUUUGACGCCGAAGAACAACUUCCAGAUGAACGCUUUCAUGAGGCCGCUGAUGAUCGGCAUGAUGAAGUAUAUUAAAAAAUACAAAGGAAACGAAAAUAAAUAUCUCGUUGCUAAAAUUAAAAGAGUGAGUAAAAAAAUUUGUUUCACCAUCAAUAACAUAAAAAUAUGAGAACAUGAAAAAAAUCGA